CGUUUGAUAGUUUAGAGAUGGAGUGAUUAAUUCAUUUAAGAUGGAACUAUAUUAAUUGUUUUGUUUGAAAAUAUAUUUGUGCUAAUAAAUUGAAUAUUUCAAAAUAAUUAAAAUAUAUAUAUUGAAUAAAAACUGUGUGAUCACAUAAUGUUGAAACACAUUCUUUGUGUAACUGCAAUUAUAUUAAUAUGUUUAUCAGAAUCUAAGGCGCAAUACGAUGAUAAACGAUGUAAAUGUAUUUGUCCUAGUCUUCCCUCUGUUAUAAAUACAACGCAAUCAUCAUCAGAACGAAAAACAUAUAUUAUAAAUGUUCCACCUUCUGAAUGUAAGUGUGAAAAUGUUGUCUUGUCUAAAGUAGGGGAUCAAUUGAAAGGUAAAGAAGAAAUAUUUUGUUCAAGAUGUGAUUGCAAAUAUGAAAAUAGAAACACCACUAUUAUUAAAAUAGUGGUAAUACUUGUUAUUUGGGUUAUAUCUUUGUUGGUAAUUUAUAUGUUAUUUUUGAUUUGUUUGGACCCAUUAUUGAAUAAAAGGAUUCAUAAAGCUUCAACAAAUAUUGGUUAUCAUGAACACAAUAAUGAAGAUGAUGAUUCUUCAACAGCUCCUGGAACAUUUCAUGCUAUGGGUGAAAGAGGUAAUGUUCUAAAUCGUGUUGGUCAUCAACAAGAUAAAUGGAAACGUCAAGUUAGAGAGCAGAGACGUAAUAUUUAUGAUCGACAUACUAUGCUUAAUUGAACUAUACAGUUUUGUUUAUAAAUAGAAUUAAAUAUAUCAGAUAACAAUAUAA